AUGGGUAGUGGAGGAGGCAGGGUGCAGGAGGAGACGGAGGUCAAGAUGGUGGUGGAGGAGAUGCUUUCACAGGGCAUCUCGGGAAGUGCUGCAAUCAAGCUCGCGCAGAGACUCGCUGUCCUGAACGAGAGGCAGACCGCGUGGGACAUCGGCUCUCCUGGCAUAGGCCUGGAGCUGUGUGGUGACUCGCUCUUGAUUACUGAAUGGAUCAAUGGUAGGUGGUGGGUGGGUAGCAACACGUACAAAGCCAGGGUGGAUGAGGUUAUCCAGAAGCUUGAGUACUUGGAAGAGAAUUUUCGAGCACGUCCUUCUAGCUGUGGCCGAGAUUUUUGCAAACACGAAUAUCGUGAGAGUAAUGCACGAGCUGACGAGCUCACCCGUGAUGCACGUAGUGGCCGCGUGUGUUGCAGAACGUGA